AUGGAGUACCAGGUGAGGCACCGCCGGGGCGCCGGAGACCCCCUUGCAAGCCCGGCGGGGGUUGCGUCAGCCGGCGGGCAGGCAGGGAUCCUCUUCCCACUCUCGCACCUGCUGCAGCUAUUGGUCGGUGGGCUGGUUCCGUGAAGGGGGAGUGCAAGCAAACGGAAGCCUCGGAGAAAGGCAGUAAAACACACACAUGCAAUUCCCCCCGACCCCGCUUUUGAAAGUUGAAGAUAUUAAACAAGCAAACAAAAAGACCAGUUUUAAAAUUCGCACCAGCAUUUCUAAGCGUCCGGGCAGCCACGAGUAAGCAGGAAUGCUUUUUGCACGCGCCAAAAAGAUUGCGGCGUGGGCGCCUGCUUGAUCCGCUUCCUUGUUUUAUAUUUCAUUGGUAUGCGUAUGGUUAGUGACUUCUAACGCUGGCACCGAAUUUUAAUGCGAUUUCUUUCCGUUGCAUUAGCUUUCUAGGCUGCAGUCCUGUUUUGUUUUGUUUUGUUGGUGUGUUCAUGUGUGUGGGGGGAUUCUAGUGCUGGAUAUUAAUUCGAUUUCUUUACGUUAGUUUUAUAGGCUGUCGCCCUACCUUUUAUUUUUCAAGUUCAGCCCUGGCGACUUGCAGACGCGAGGAAUGAAUUGCAUUCCAAGCUGACCCGAAUUUAUACUGUACUUUCUUGUGUAGUAGAUUCCGAGCCAUAAAGGGAAGGAACAAAACUAUAGUGGCGAAUCUACUACUAUUACUACUACUACUACUACUACUACUACUACUACUACUAUUUUGAAAUAGGUAGUUGUAUUAGUUUUUCCACAGAUAAAACAGUAACCGCAAACAAAAGAAAGCAAAAUUGGAGUACACGUUUGUCAAUUAGAGGCAAAUCACUUUUAAAACAAGGGAGGGAGAUAUAGCCAGGUGAUCGGAAGACCUGGCUCUCUUGAGGCAUGUGCUUCCACAUGUUUUUGGACUCCAAAUCCCAUCAUCCUUUGCUGCUGGCUUUUCUGGCAAGGCAUGAAGGGAGUCCAGCAGCGCCUGGAGAGUUGCACGUUCCCUGCUCUUAAGACCUCAGCAACAGAUGUCUGUGGUCCGGUUUUUUUAGGUGGCAAUUCUAGGGACUGAACUUGGGGAGGGGGCUUUUCUAUGCAAAAUUGUGUGCUCUUUUGUUGAUCUGGCUGGCCCCACAACCCAGCCUUCACUGACUGGUGCCCUCCAGAUGUUUUGAAUUGUUUCCACCAGCCCCUAGCAAGCACAUUUUGGACUCAGGUGGCAAUAGUAGUGCUCUAAGGAGGCAUUCCCUGUUCUCAGUUGUUGUGAUUUUAUGCUUCCCACUCCACAAUUGGCCCCAUAGGAGUUUUUUUGUAGCCACCUAACUUGUUUCAGGUUCACAUUCAAUGCCUUUUUGUGUGUGUGUCCGUCCAUCCAUUUUAAACCCUGUAUCCCAAAGGACAGCCAGUCUGGUGUCCUCAAUAUGUUGUUAAACCGCAUCUUCCAUCAUUCCCGACCUUUGCCCAAGCUGACUGGGGCAGAUGAGAGCCGGAGUCCAUCAAUAUCUGGUGAGCCACUGAUUAGCCACCCUUGUGUCAGUUGAAUUUUUUAGGCAUUGUCCACAGCGCUGGGCAAUAUUUGGUUUUCAACAUUGCGAUAAAUCACUACCUAAACAUUGCGAUAUUCCAAUGUAUCACAAUGUCUGAAACAAGGAGACUAAACAUGGUAAUGUCCUGACAACUGCUACUACUGCUACUAAAGCAGAUACAUUUUUACUAACCUUUAAUCAUAGUGGAUACAUAUAAUCCGGGAAAAUAUUGAGGGGGGGAUUAAGUUUGAUGCAUAAAUGAAAAUAAACUCAAUGAUUUCAUGCUUCAGCUAAACCAUUAAAGAUUUCUGGAGAAUAUAUUAAUGUUCUAUGUAGUUUUAAGGGCAAUUAGAUUUAGUAAAAUAAUGUUAAUUACUCGCAUAUGAUAAAAAAAUUAUUUUCAGCUAAUUUAAGAGUUAUUUAAGUACAGUGGUACCUCAGGUUACAUACGCUUCAGGUUACAUAUGCUUCAGGUUACAGACUCCGCUAACCCAGAAAUAGUGCUCCAGGUUAAGAACUUUGCUUCAGGAUGAGAACAGAAAUCUCACGGCGGCAGCGGGAGGCCCCAUUAGCUAAAAUGGUGCUUCAGGUUAAGAACAGUUUCAGGUUAAGAACGGAGCUCCAGAACGAAUUAAGUACUUAACCUGAGGUACCACUAUAAUUUACACAAACCACAGCCCCCACACCCCCAUGACACACCCCACAUCUCACAUACCCCCACCCCACCCCGACUUUUUCUUCCAAAACCACCACCUCACGUGCGGCUUCCUAAGCUUGGGUGGGUAGUUCUGGUGGAAGCGAUUCUGCAUCUUACUUAGGCAAACAUUCGCCAUGCAACCUGGUUUGUGAAGCAGGAGCUGGCAGCAAAUCUGUGGUUUUUUAUUUGUUUUUAAGCCUAACCGGCUUCUCCACUCCCUUCACAAAGUUGUCGGAGGCAGGGUGGGAAGGUGGAAUGAGGGUGAAAGGAAUUUCCUAAUCGAUUUCAUCAGAGCAGCUCAAUGCGGACGAUUCUUUACUGACGAUUGCCAAGGGGAGAGGCGCGUUAAUAGGAAGAGGAAGCCAGCUACGACAAGGGUGCCACAGGCGGGCGCAUGCAUUCUCACACACAGAGAGAGGAGGGAGGGAAAGAGGCUUAAACAACAUAACCUACCAGCCUGGUGCUCCUAGCCUAGUUCUAAAACAAAAAAAUUAUGGUGUCUGCUCUAAGGAUACUGUAGUUCCCAGUCAUUCUGCCUUCAUUUGUGAGUGCCUGCUCUUGUGGUUUGCUGCCCCCUGCAGGAGAGAGCUAAGCCAGCAAAGCUAUACAAUUUGCAGGAAUUAUGAGCAAAGUGACAAUCAGCUUCACGGUUUUCCCCACAUGAUUAGCAAUAUAUCUCCAGGUAGAAUGUUAUGCAAAAGCUUUCAUGAUGUGGACUUUUUUUUUUUUUUUAAUUGGGUUUUAUAAACAAGAAUAAUGUUAUGCAAACAAGUAUACCAAGUUUUCUCAUGCCAUUUGUAUACAGUCAUAUCUCAUGUUACGUUUGCUUCAUGAUAUGUUUUUUCAGGUUGCGUCCUGCGGCGACCUGGAAGUACCGGAAAGGGUUACUUCCGGGUUUCGCCGCUCGCGCAUCCACAGACGUGCAAAAUGACAUCAUGUGCAGAAGUGGCAAAUUGCAACCUGCAUGUGCACAGACGCACCACUGUAGGUUGCGUUCUAUUCAUGUUGCGAACGGGCCUCUUGAACGGAUCCCGUUCGAAACCAGAUGUACCACUGUAUCACAAAAAUAGCAUGAUAAAUGUGGAAAAGUAUCUACAACAUAUGUUUCAUUAUUAGUGGUCCGUGUGCAGGUUCUUGGUUCAUGAAUUGGCUUAAACCAGUGGUGGCCAACCUUGGCCCUCCAGCUGUUUUGGGACUACAAUUCCCAUCAUCCCUGACCACUGGUCCUGUAAGCUAGAGACGAUGGGAGUUGUAGUCCCAAAACAGCUGGAGGGGCAAAUUUGGCCAUCACUGGUUUAAACAAUUAAGAAAGAAAGAAAGAGGGGAGGGGGGAAUGGUGAGUGGGGUGGGGUCGGGUGGUUAUGCUUCUAUUCUUCUACUUAGUGGCGGGGUCAGCGUUACUUAUAUGGGCUCUCUUACUAUUCACUUGUUGUAUUUCCUUGGUGGUGAGAGAGGGUGGACUUUAAAUAAUAUAUAGAAAAAUUGUCCAGGCCUAAUUGUCUUAUCUCCCCACAGAUAGAAACUACACACAUCAGUAAGAGAGCAUCGAGUAAAAAUCUAUACAGUGGUACCUCGGGUUACAUACGCUUCAGGUUACGUAUGCUUCAGGUUACAGACUAUUCUAAUCUAGAAAUAGUGCUUCAGGUUAACAACUUUGCUUCAGGAUGAGAACAGAAUUCAUGCUCCCGGCGGCGCGGUGGCAGCGGGAGGCCCCAUUAGCUAAAGUGGUGCUUCAGGUUAAGAACAGUUUCAGGUUAAGAACGGACCUCCGGAACGAAUUAAGUACUUAACCCGAGGUACCACUGUACUGAUUUUAAUUUUAAUUUACUACAUUUAUAUCCUACCUUUCCUGUCUGCUUCCGGGGAACUAUUUUCUGCUUCUUUUUAACAUUGAGUGUUUUUCCAAAUGUGCAGUCUUAAGCAGUAUAGUCAGUGCAUUGUCUCAUGGCCCUGCAUGUGAGUUGGGUGAGGUGGAGGAGAAGCGAGAAAGUGAUGAAUGUGGCCAAAACUAGAAGCGAAAGUGCUUUUAGCACAUUGCCUGCUCCUGGCCUAUUGCCACCCGAGGCAUCUUUGUCAACUUGCCUUUACAAGCAUGUCACUCCCUGCUGGGAUAUUCAUGGUAACUACUCAAUAGAAGUUACCGUAUUUUUCGCACCAUAGGACGCACCGGUCCAUAGGACGCAUCAAGUUUUUUGGGGGGGAAAUAAAGGAAAAAAAAUUAUUUCCCCCCCAGGCGCUUGUGGGGCCGGCAGCGGGGAGAAGAGCGCUUCUCCCCGCUGUCCGCCUUCAGAUCAGGUCCGGGGACAGCGGGAAGACGCGCUGCGUCUCCCAGCUGUCCCCGGAGCUUGGGGGCUGGCCGCGGGGCGAAGCGCUCUUCGCCCCGCCCCCCGCCUUGGAUCAGGUCCGGGGACUGCGGGAAGACGUGCGGCGUCGCCCAGGGGUCCCCGGAGCUUGGGGGCAGGCAGCGGGGAGAGCGCUCUUCUCCCUGCCGCCCGCCUUGAGAUCAGGUCCGGGGACAGCGGGGAGACGCGCUGCGUCUCCGUGCCGCCCCCGGUGCUUGGGGGCAGGCAGCAGGGAGAAGCGCUCUUCUCCCGGCCGCCCGCCUUGCGUUCCGGUCCGGGGACCGCGGGAUGACGGGCUGCGUCACCCAGCUGUCCCCGGAGCUUGGGGCAGGCAGCGGGGAGAAGCGCUCUUCUCCCUGCCGCCCGCCGUGCGAUCAGGUCUGGGGCCAGCGGGGAGAUGCGCUGCGUCUCCCCGCUGUCCCCGGAGCUGGGGGGCAGGCAGCGGGGGAAGCGCUCUUCUCCCCGCCGCCCGCCUUCACAUCAGGUCCGGGGACAGCGGGAAGACGCGCUGCGUCUCCCAGCUGUCCCCGGAGCUUGGGGGCAGGCAGCGGGGAGAAGCGCUCUUCUCCCCGCCGCCCGCCUUCACAUCAGGUCCGGGGACAGCGGGAAGACGCGCUGCGUCUCCCUGCUGUCCCCGGAGCUUGGGGCAGGCAGCGGGAGAAGCGCUGCUCUCCCCGCCGCCCGCCUUGAUAUCAAGUCCGGGGACAGCGGGAAGACGCGCUGCGUCUCCCUGCUGUCCCCGGAGCUGGGGCAGGCAGCGGGGAGAGCGCUGCUCUCCCCGCCGCCUGCCUUGAUAUCAAGUCCGGGGACAGCGGGAAGACGCGCUGCGUCUCCCUGCUGUCCCCGGAGCUGGGGGCAGGCAGCGGGGAGAAGCGCUCUUCUCCCCGCCGCCCGCCUUCAGAUCAGGUCCGGGGACAGCAGGAAGACGCGCUGCGUCUCCCAGCUGACCCGGAGCUUGCGGGGCCGGCGGCGGGGUCUCCCCGCCGUCAGCCUCCAAACCACUUCGGGAGACAGCGGGAUGGCGGCGUUCCGCCUCCCUCUGUCCCCCGACCUUGUGGGGCUGGCGCUGGGGCUCUCCUGAAGCCUGGAGAGCGAGAGGGUCGGUGCGCACCGACCCCUCCCGCUCUCCAGGCUUCAGUGAAAGCCUGCAUUCGCACCAUAGGACGCACACACAUUUCCCCUUCAUUUUUGGAGGGGAAAAAGUGCGUCCUAUAGUGCGAAAAAUACGGUAUAUUGGCCCUACUCAGUAGAUAUGUCAAACUAGGGUAUAGGGAUGUGGGUGGCGCUAUGGUCUAAACCACUGAGCCUCUUGGGCUUGCUGAUUAGAAGGUCGGCGGUUCAGAUCCCCGCGACGGGGUGAGUUCCUGUUGCUCUGUCCCAGCUCCUGCCAACCUAGCAGUCUGAAAGCACACCAAAAAGUGCAAGUAGGUACUGCUCCAGCGGGAAGGUAAACAGUGUUUCCAUGCGCUGUUCUGGUUUCGGUGUUCCGUUGUGCCAGAAGCGGCUUAGUCAUGCUGGCCACAUGGCCCAGAAAAACUGUCUGCAGAGAAACGCCAGCUCCCUUGGCCUGUAAAGCGAGAUGAGUGUCGUUCGUGACUGGACUUAACUGUCAGGGGUCUGUUACCUUUACCUUUUUAACUAGGGUAUAUCAAUUUCAGUGUGUCUGCUGUCAAGAAAACUUAGUUGAGUGAAAUCUAAUGUUUUUAAUUGUUUUUAGAAGUCUUAAAAAAGUCUUUAAAAUUAUUAAUGCUCUGGUUGCCACCUGGGGCUCCUUCAGAAGGAGCAGGAUAUAAAUUGAAUAAAUAAUAAUAAAUACAUAAUGUGUGCUUGGGGCCUGAGAUCUUUGUACCCAUUUUACAUAGCUGGCUGCGGUGCCUGAUAAAUUUCAAGUUUCACAUAAUUGGUUUUUGUUUUUGUUUUGUAAAGGACAUGGGCGGUGGAGGAACAGACUCUAAAAGAGCCAUUAUCAGUCUGAUACGAUCUUGUGUACAUUAAACAUCGUCAUAUAAGCCAAGUAAGAAAGAAUAAGGUAGAUAGUUUGUUUAGUUUGAUGGUUCGUUUUUAGUUCCAUCCUCACCUGUGCAUCAGUGCAAAUGUAAAUCAGUGUGUGUUAUUCCGUGGGGCCUCUUAAACUUGACACAACAACACCCUGGCCCUCAGUAUGCCCUCAUCUGGCCAAAGGACUGCCUGCCUGAGGUGAAACUCAAAACCCAACGUCCGCUGUACUAAAUCUAGCUGUUUCUUUAUUAGGCCACGCCAGCUGAUCAUAACCUAUAAUUUGGAGGUGGGAGGAGAGAUAAGAAGGAAAACAGGAGAACACUACACUAGUGACAUGUUGUGAAGGAGCAGUUGGCUGCUGCUUGGUUGCGUAGGGCGUGUGGGGGGAGUAAUAGCUUCCCCCAGAAUUCAGGAAGUUACCUUAUCCUGAGUCGGACCACUGACAGUCUAGCCUAGUGACUGGCAAUGGCUCUCUGGAGUUUCAGGCAGGGACCCGCCGGGGCCUUCGGCCUGGAAGCAGAUGCUCCACCACUGAGCUAUGGUCCUUCACUUAAAGAGAAAAUAAAAUUCCAGCCCUCUUGCUUCUGUAUGGGUUGAAGCUGCCAUAUUCAAAGCCAGGGCAUUUGUUCCAUCUAGCUCAGCAUAGUCUACACCAGCCUUUCUCAACCUGUGGGUCCCCAGAUGUUGUUGAACUACAACUCCCAUCACUCCUAGCUAGCAAGGCCAGAGCUCAGGGAUGAUGGGAGUUGUAGUCCAACAACAUCUGGGGACCCACAGGUUGAGAACCGCUGGUCUACACCAUGGGUAGGCAAACUAGGGCCCGGGGGCAGGAUCUGGCCCAAUCGCCUUCUAAAUCCGGCCUGCGGACAGUCCGGUAAUCAGCGUGUUUUUACAUGAAUAGAAUGUGUCCUUUUAUUUAAAAUGCAUCUCUGGGUUAUUUGUGGGGCAUAGGAAUUUGUUCAUUUCCUCCCCAAAAAUAUAGUCUGCCCCCCCCCCAAGGUCUGACGGACAGUGGACUGGCCCCCUGCUGAAAACGUUUGCUGACUCCUGGUCUACACUGACCAGCAGCUCUCCAGAGCUUAAGGCAAGGGAUUUCCACAGCCCUACCUUGAGAGUCCAGUAAUUGGACAUGGGUCCUUUUGCCUGCAAUGCCUUUCUACUGAGCGCACAGUCCAACCACUUUCAAGUGCAGUACGGGAAUAGCCGGAUCUUCACCUCGCCUCGUGAGCUCAGCGUGCGUAUAGUAAUCCCACAUCCCUGUGCCAGCAAGUACAGUAUCUCACAUAGAAGGCAAAUGAGGAAGUCGCUUAUUAUAGCAGUGGACAGCCCGUUACUCACCAGCUUGUAGCAGAGAUAUGCAGCCUAUUUUUGAACAUGCUUCUAUCCCUGUCCACUUAAAUUGCUUUUCUGCAGAAAGUAGGUAAGGAGCUUGUUUCCCUCCAAGGUAAAAGGUAAAGGUAAAGGACGGUUAAGUCCAGUCAAAGGCGACUAUGGGGUUAGGGAGCUCAUCUCGCUUUCAGGACGAGGGAGCCAGCGUUUGUCCACAGACAGCUUUCCGGGUCGUGUGGCCAGCAGCACUAAACCACUUCUGGUGCAACGGAACACCGAAACCAGAGCAGGGGCACGGUUACCCCAUUCAGGACCAGGGAGUCCUCCACACCAGCCCGCCCUCUGUCCCCCCAAAACAGUACUUCUGUCUUGUCGGGAUUCAACCUCAAUCUGUUAGCUGCCAUCAAUCUGCCAACUGCCUCCAGACACACAGGACUUCACCGCCUUCACUGGUUCUGAUUUAAAGGCGAGGUAGAGCUGGGUAUCAUCCGCAUACUGAUGAACACCCGGCCCAAAUCCCCUGAUGAUCUCUCCCAGCAGCUUCAUGUAGAUGUUAAAAAGCAUGGGGGAGAGGACAAAACCUGAGGCACCCCACAAGUGAGGGCCCAGGGGUCUGAACACUCAUCCCCCACCACCACUUUCUGAACACGGCCCAGGAGGAAGGAGCGGAACCACUGCAAAACACUGCUCCCUGCCCCGGUAGAUGGUCCAGAAGGAUGUUAUGGUUGAUGGUAUCAAAACCCGCUGAGAGAUCCAGCGGAAUGAGGAAACAGCUUUCACCCUUGUCCAUAGCCUGCUGGAGAUCAUCGACCAGCGUGACCAGUCUUAUCUGGAUCAAGCUUCAGUUUGUUGGCUCUCUUCCAGUCCAUUACCAUUUAACUUUUAAGAUGGCAAAUUUAGGAUGAUCUUGGCAUUCAUGUGGGAGGAGGCAGUUCUCUGGGGAAACUGACCUCCCAGCUGUUGUCAGACUACAACUCUCAGCAUCUUAGGAAUGCUGGCAGGGGCUGAUGGGAAUUGGAGUUGGGGCUGAUUUUCUACCCCUGGUGUACAUCAUUUUGACAGAAAAGGAAGCUGUACUAUGAACAUUUUAAGUGAUUUUCAGGCUUAUUAAAAGGACAGAAUGAAUAGCUUAGCUGAGCUUUCCUUCUGGUCCACCUGGGGCCAAUUAUUCAACACCACCUUCUUCAUGGAGUUUGUUCACCAUAAUUUCUCAGUCCCACUACAAAUCUCAGUAUCAGGCAAGAUAAGAACAGACCUCCAGAACAAAUUAAGUACUUAACCCGAGGUACCACUGUAUUACAAUAAAAAGCAUACAAAAAUCUGCAAAUCGUGCCCUGUAAAACAGAAGAAAAACUUGGGUAGCAAAACAGCUUGGAUCUGUUUACUCAUGAGAUUUCCUUACCCCACCUGUGCCCACUCGCUUUGUACAGUGGAAUUGGUGCUGCUACAGGUGCCAAACCACACCCGUCUUUCAAUCGCUUAGUGUGACAAUGCCAACACUAUGGAACUCCUGGCCUAUUGAAUUCAAGCAGGAGCCUUCACUGUACUCUUUUUUGUGCUUGCCAAGCCUAUCCGGAGGCUUACAAAGUAGAAGUAAUUUUAAUCUGUUUUAGUAUUUUAACUUCUGUAUACUUUUUAAGGUUUGGUUGUGUUUUUUUCUUGAUUUUACUUUUUUUUGUAAAUGGCUUUGAGGGGUUUGGUUUUUUUUACAAUCAAGUGGUGUACUGUGGAAUCUCUGGUUACGUACUUAAUUUGUUCUGGAGGUCCGUUCUUAACCUGAAACUGUUCUUAACCUGAAGCACCACUUUAGCUAAUGGGGCCUCCCGCUGCUGCCACGCCGUGAUUUCUGUUCUCAUCCUGAAGCAAAGUUCUUAACCUGAGGUACUAUUUCUGGGUUAGCGGAGUCUGUAACCUGAAGCGUAUGUAACCUGAACCGUAUGUAAUCCGAGGUACCACUGUAUAAAUCUUAUUAAAUAAAUACGUAAUAAGUUAAGCACAUCCUGCAAAAAUCUUCAUAACUCUUCCAAAGUACCUUGGAGGGAAGAUAAAAGUUUUGUCUUUGGUCAGGAUCUCCUCUCUAACGCUUCUCUUGAUUUCCUCUUCCUCCCCGCAGUCAUAAGAUUACUUAUCUGCCUUUUAAAAUGUGCCCUCAUUUUGAGCACACCAGCAGCUUUGCUAAUAGCCACUGGGUUCGUAUCUUUUUGCUGAGUCCCCAGCUCCUUGCUCUUCGACUGCUCUGUGGCCUGAGUUCAUUGAUGGCCGUGUUGACAAUGUGCCAGCUUCCCUCAGUGCCCUUACAGUUUGCUUGGUGGAGGCAGGAAGAGCCUGUGCUUUUUCUGUUUCUGGGUUUUUAAAAAAAUGUUCUUUCAGUUAACUGGUACUUUACGCCCCUAGACAUGUGAUUGAGCUGUUGAGGGAGAGGCACAUGUGUCAUAAGCUACAGGAAGGUCAUUAUAUUGUUUGUUGGGAGGGGGGUAAACACUGACCACGUGCAUGGAACUACUGGUGCGUUCAGAGGAGCAAGGAAGGCAGAUUCCUUUCUCAAGAGGGAUAGGGUGCAGAUUCUCCAGCAGAUCUGCUGCCUGUGGCAGAAUUCAGACAUGAAAAGGCAGAGGACCAGCUGGAAAGCGGGCGUUAAGAAAAGAGGUUCCGGUGCUCCUGUCCCCUGCUUUCUUGCAGCCACUGGAGUGUGCAGUGAGAACCUGGAACCGUGGACAGGGGCAUCACAAUUCGAGGUUUAUUUUUGGAAUGGGGCAGAGAGGAGAUUGUUAGCAUUGACCUGGAGUGGUUGAUUUCUUGUUUUCCAUAACAGAAGGCUGAAAAACAGGUCUUGCGUUCAGGCACUAUCCUGGUUGCAAUAGCCAACAAAGGAAUUGUGUGCAGGCGAGUGAGUGGGUUGGUGGAGGAAAGAUGGGGUGCUCUGAUUCCCUUCUAUGCCCAGCAUAGAAAGCUGGUGGGCUAUAGCUCAGUGGGUAGGGCAUGUGCUUUGCUUGUAGUAGGUUCCCAAGUCCAGUCCUUGGGAUCAUUAGGUAGGUCUGGGAACAACCUAGGGAGCAUCUGCCGGGCAGUGUAGACAACUCUGAGGUAAAUGAACCCUGUGGUCUCUGUACAAGUCAGUUCCGUCUGUUCCCAUGGAAGAAGGAGUAGUGCUUCCCCUUCCUCCUCAGCCAGCCAGUCAACUUUUUUUGCAGGCUAGUAACUGCUGUGUGGUUAUUUACAAGGCUGACCAAAAGGGGGGAAGCAAUUAACCACUGCCUCAUAUGCCUUCUAGGAUGCCAUUCGGACUCUGAAUACGCUCCAGACGAACGCCAGCUACCUGGAACAAGUGAAACGGGAGCGAGGAGACCCCCAGGCACAACUGGAAGCCAUGAAAGGUUUUUUGGAACGAAGUGGAUUGAAGGUGAGGAGGUUGGGAAGCUUAUGGGAGGCCCCUGGCCGUGAUGCGAUGCAGUCUUGAUUUUUCUGGGGUUAGUGAUGGGAUGGGGGAGAGGGAGGGCUGUCUAUUAGCAGCCAUUGCUGCCUGCACUGAUGAGGUGUAGCAGAACAGCUAAACUGAAAGGUUCAUUCACUUUUUCUCCGGCAGGUCGAAGACCUGGAUCAACUGAACAUCAUUCACGUCACUGGGACGAAGGGCAAGGUGAAAGGGGUUGCAGGGGGGAAGCAAUACUUGGAAUAGCUCCAAAGGCCUUGACACAUGAGGGAAAUGUGGGGCAGUUUGCUGUGGGGAAUUGAGAGUGCUCAGUUCCAGAGUGUUUGAAUGACGUAUGGCUUGGCGAUGUAUCGGUAUUGUCCAAAACCAGUCUGAAGUCCACCUCGUGGUAAUGGUUUCAUAGUAUUUGAUGUGGUGAUAUAUCGUGAAUCACAAUGCAUGCAUGUGCUGCAAAAAUCACAAUGUGGGAAAAACCGUGGGUUUGGUCAUUGCUCCUCUCCUCAUUCCUGCUGCCCCUCAACUCUCCUCUGCCUCCUGCAGGUGCUGAAGAAAGCAGCCUACCUGGGAACUUUCCUCAUGAGCUUCUUGUUUUAAGCGCAGGUGCCAGGCUGGUAGGCAGUUGAGGGAGACGCAGACCGAGCCAGCUCCAAGCUUCUUGCUGGGAGUCCCUUUCCUUCCUCUGAGAGUCAGCAUGGUGUAGUGGUUAAGAGCGGUAGUCUCGUAAUCUGGUGAACCAGGUUCGCAUCUCUGCUCCUCCAGAUGCAGCUUCUUGGUGACCUUGAGCCAGUCACACUUCUCUGAAGUUUCUCAGCCCCACUCGCCUCACAGAGUGUUUGUUGUGGGGGAGGAAGGGAGAGGAGAAUGUUAGCCGCUUUGAGACUCCUUCGGGUAGUGAUAAAGUGGGAUAUCAAAUCUAAAUUCUUCUUCUUCUCUUUCUUUCUUUCUUUCUUUCUUUCUUUCUUUCUUUCUUUCUUUCUUUGGGCUGUCUCUGCCUGCCCACAAGACCCUGACACCGGAGCCAUACCGGGGUCCUCACAAGUGCAGGAAGCCCUUUCGGCCUCGCCUCCCCAGCCCCCCCCCCAGUUGUUGCCCAGCCCUGCCAUUUGAACUGCUGCUGCCCUCAGCUGGGGCUCUCUUGGAAGCUGCUCCACAUGGAGCAUGUAGUGGUAAUCCAAGUGGGAGAUAACCAGAACAUGUACCACUCUUGCAAGACAGUGCACAGGAAGUUAGGGUUGCAGCUGGUGUACCAAAUGGAACUAGUAGACAACUGCCCUGGAUACAAAAUUGACCUGCAUCUCCAUGGACAGUUGUGCAUCUAAAAAGACCCUCAGAUCGUGCACCUGGUCCUUCAGAGGCACAGUUACCCCAUUCAUGACCAGGGCAUUUCCCACACUGGCCCUCCUCCGUCCCCCAAUACUUCUGUCUUGUCGGGAUUCCACCUCAUUAUAUUGACUGCCAUCCAUCGCCCAAUUGUCUCCAGAUACCCACACAGGAUGUUCACUGCCUUCACUGGUUCUGAUUUAUAUGAGAGGUAAUAAUAAUAAUAAUAAUAAUAAUUUUUAUUUAUACCCCCCCUCCCCAGCCAAGGCCAGGCUCAGGGCGGCUAACAAGCAAUAAAAACAAGCUGAAUGAAUACAACUUAAAAACAAGAUUAAAAUACAACAAUUAAAAUAUUGAAACAUUAAAAUAUUAAAAUGCAGCCUCAUCACAGGAGGAGAAAGGAAAAGAAAAAGAAAGAGGGGGAGGGAAUCAAAUUGGCUCCAAGCCAAAGGCCAGGCGGAACAACUCUGUCUUACAGGCCCUGCGGAAAGAAAUCAGAUCCUGCAGGGCCCUGGUCUCACGAGACAGAGCGUUCCACCAGGCCGGAGCCAGUGUUGAAAAGGCCCUGGUUCUGGUUGAAGCUAAUCUAACUUCCACUAGGGUGUUGCUAUUUAUGCACCUUGAGGCUCUCCGUGGGGCAUACCGGGAGAGGUGGUCCUGUAGGUACGAGGGUCCUAGGCCGUGAAGGGCUUUAAAGGUCAAAAGCAGCACCUUAAAUCUGACCCUGUACUCCACCGGGAGCCAGUGCAGCUGGAAAAGCGCUAGGUGAAUAUGCUCCCAUGGCAGAGACCCAGUGAAGAGCUUCGCUGCUGCAUUCUGCACCCGCCGGAGUUUCUGGGACAGCUUCAAGGGCAGCCCCGCGUAGAGUGAAUUACAGUAGUCAAGCCUGGAGGUUACCGUUGCAUGGAUCACUGUGGCCAGGUCGGGGCGGGAAAGGUAAGGGACCAGCUGCUUGAUGCGGCGAAGGUGGAAAAAUGUCGCCUUGGCUGUUGCUGUAACUUGCGCCUCCAUGGAAAGGGAGGCGUCAAGGAUUACACCCAAACUCUUAACGGAAGGCAAUGGCACUAAUUGGGCCCCCGCAAGAGAAGGGAGUUGGUCCCUCAUCCCUAUGCCAUCCCGACCCAGCCAUAGGACCUCUGUCUUCGAAGGAUUUAGUUUCAAUCGGCUGCCAUGAAACCAUCCAGCCACAGCUUGCAAGCAUCUGGUCAGUGUGUCCGGGGUCGAGUCGGUGUGGCCAUCCAUCAGCAGGUAGAGCUGAGUGUCAUCAGCAUAUUGGUGACAGCCCAGCCCCAACCCCCAGAUUAUCUCUGUCCACGGCUUCCUAUAAAUACUAAGAAGCAUGCAGGAGAGGACAGAGCCCUGUGGCACCCCACAAGUGAAUGCCCAGGAGUCCAAACAUUCACCCCCAACACAACUUUAUGGACACAACCCAAGAGGAAGGAGUAGAACCACUGCAUAACAGUGCCCUCAGCUCCCAACCUGCCUAGAUGGUCCAGAAGGAUGCCAUGGUCAUUGGUAUCAAAGCCGCUGAGAGAUCCAGCGGAACGAGGAAACAGCUUUCACCCUUGUCCGUAGCCCGCCGGAGAUCAUCGACCAGCAUGACCAAGACGGUUUCCAUCCUGUGAUGGGGCCUGAAUCCCGAAUGGAAGGGAUCCAAAUGGUCCACAUCCUCCAGACAUACCUGGAGUUGUUCAGAGACCACACAAUCAUCUUGCCCAGGAAUGAAAGAUGGGAUUGGGCAAUAAUUGGCUACAAACCACCUGAAAGAGUCUCCUAGUACUGUUUUCUGCAGAUGCAGUAGAGGCGGUGAAGAAGGUCCUCUUCACCAUCACUAUCUCCACUUGGUAGGCUAGAUAUUGAGCUCUAACCUAUGUUUGGUCCGAUUUGGAAUGUGUUUUUCUUCACUGGCCCUCUAGCCAUCUCAAUGAUUGUUUCAUUGCCUUCAGCUCCGGGGGAAACCACAGGGCCUUCCAGGCUCCAUGCAAUCAGAGGACACUUCAGAGCCAGACAGUUUGCAUUCCAGUGUGCCACCAGGGAAUCAACUAAAAGGCAAUCAGCAUGGGAUAAUACAUCCCCUCCUACUCUCUGGGAGCCAUUUGGGUCCAUUAAGUAGCAGGGAUGGACCAUUUGAAUUGGUCUCACCUCUCUGUGUAGGGGAAGGGUCGCGGAGAAGUCCAGUUGCACCAGGAAGUUCUCUGACCAUGGCACUUGUUUUGUUCCACUGGAACUUAGUGUCAGAUCACUCACGUCCACAGAGGUAAAAACACCUGAUCUAAGGCAUGUCCAUGGCUAUGAGUCAGGCCAAACUUAUUCAGGGACAUCCCCAUGGAGGCCAUGCUUUACACGAAGUCCUGAGAGUCCCCUUGUAAGGUUAUGUCGGCAUGGAUGUUAAAAUUCCCCAGGACAACCAAACUAGGCGUCUCCAGGAGAACAUGUGUCAUGACCCGAAGCAGCUCUGGCAGGGAAUCCUUGGUGCAGCGAGGAGGUCGGUCCACAAUAGGAAUGCUGUACUGCUCCUAUUGUCCAAGUUCUAGAACAUGCACUCAGAAAACUGGGUCUCUCUCCCUAAUAGGACACCUGAUGAUAACUAAUAACUUCCUAAAAAUCACUGCCACCCCCCUUCCCACUCACAUGCCCUGGGUUGCUGUGCAUAAGAGAAACCUGGUAGACAAGCAGGAGCAAGAACAUCUGCUAUGUCUAACCAAGUUUCUGUUAUACAUGCCAGGUCAACUCCUCCAUCCAUGUUCAAAUUAUGGAUGGCAGUGGUCUUAUGAAUUUUGACCUGGCAUUGCACAGCAGCACCUUAAGGUCAUGUGGGACACCCUGGUUGAUACCUGCAUCCUUCUGGUCAGGACCAGACCUGGAGGCAAUGACUAAACCUGCCUCCUUGGUAAUGACAUGGAGCAACUCCUCCUCCUGCCCCGAUCACUGAGAUUGGGUAUCCCAAUGCAUCCCCCCCCCCCCAUGGAACCUGCCCCAGACAUGUUGGCUAGGACCCACUCCUGGGACAGCCCUGUCCCUCUCCCCUUAAAUAACUUUUAUAAUUUAACUAACAUAAAUAACUAAGCUAAAAAUACAAAUGCAAACUAACAUAUGAGCAUUUCACAAUUACCCCCACCCCAAGAAAUACACCCCCAAUUAAAACUCUACAUUAAAACAAUUGAAACAAUUAAAAACAGCUUAAAAUAUUUCACAGCCAAUGGCUCCUUCCUUCCUUCUCCCCUUCUGUGUUUGUGUCUCCCUCGUGUAUAUUAGGGAACAUUUUCUCAUCUUGCCUUUGAUAUCUAUGCUAUUAAUUAGUCCUACAGCUUUAAUUUUUUUGAAAAUGUGCUAAUUUACAAAUUACCUGUACUAUAAAAUAACAGUCGUAGCAAUAUGUUAAAGGGAAGUUAAAUUUUGUAAGUUUUAGACCCCUAAGUAGUAGCAGUUGCCAGGGGAUUACCCAGUUUGCCUCUACAGAGUUCCAUCCUUAUUUCAGACAUCGUUCUGUAUCGGUAUAUCGCAAUGUUUAGCUGUUGAUAUAUCACGAUCCUGAAACCAGACAUCGCCCAGCCCUCAAGCAGCCCUUUUCAUUUCUGGCCAGAUGUCAGAUGCUCAUUUCAGUCUGUCGCUCUCCACGCCGUUUCAAGUAGCAGAACCUUGUCUGUUAUCUAGGAGAGUGCAUACAAGCCCUGCUUUUCCUGCAGGUACUUCAUGCUGUUUCCAGUCCACCAUUCUGUUCUCAUUUUUACACAGCGCUAUGCUGUUUCAUCCGCCCAAAAAUCCUAGCUGCACCUCUAGUGGUGGAGCCCCAGAAUUGUACAAAAAGGUACAAUGGAACUACUGCGCUUUAUUGUGGUUCUUCUAAAGAUGGUUUCUGAGAAACGAAGGUGUCCUUCAGCUGUGGGCUUUUAGGGGCUUCCGUUUCGUUACCCCAGGGGAGCCAUCCCUUAUCUCACUUUAACCGACACCUGUCUCUCGUCGAAGGGCUUUGUGAAGACGGAACAAUCCUUACUCCCUGGACAGAAGCAGCGGGAGGGGAGGGGGUGCAUGCAUUUCACGCUGCUAUUUUGCUGCAAGUGUAUUGCGUCUCCUAAGGACGGGCGGAGGGCUCUGGGACCCUGCAGCUUCCUUCCCAAAGCCAGGCGCCUUGCUUAGCCGCAGUGCGGGAUUUGGAGGACUGGAUGUUUCUCUGCACAGGGUGCUGACGUAAGGUGGUGUGAAGUUGAGACGCUCCAGUUGGGGGCGCCAAAUAUUGGCCUCCACAGGCGCCAUUUUAUGAAGAUUACAAAGGCCCUUCCAUUUUGUUUGGCCUUGGGAGGACAGCGCAAGGGCUCUGGGAUGCUGUCAGAGCCCUGGCACCACCUUCCCAAAGCCGGAAGUGGUGUUGAGCUGCUGCAAAAUUGAGAAGAUCCACUUGGGGGCGCCAAAUAUUGGCCUCACAGGCACCAUUUUAUGAAGAUUACAAAGGCCCUUCCAUUUUGUUUGGCCUUGGGAGGACAGCGCAAGGGCUCUGGGAUGCUGUCAGAGCCCUGGCACCACCUUCCUAAAGCCGGGGCACCAAAGAUUGGCCUCCACAGGACGCCAUUUUAUGGAAGAUUACAAAGGCCCUACCAUUUUGUUUGGCCUUGGGAGGACAGCACAAGGGCUCUGGGAUGCUGUCAGAGCCCUGGCACCACCUUCCCAAAGCUGGGGUGCCAAAGAUUGGCCUCCACAGGACGCCAUUUUAUGGAAGAUUACAAAGGCCCUUCCAUUUUGUUUGGCCUUGGGAGGACACUCUAGGGCUCUGGGAUGCUACCAGAGCCCUGGCACCGCCUCCCUCAAGCUGAAAGUGGUGCUGAGAUGCCGCAAAAUUGAGAAGAUGCAUAACUGUGAGGAUCCACUUGGAGGCGCCAAAUAUUGGCCUCACAGGGUCAAUUUUAUGGAAAAUUACAAAAUCCCUUUUGUCUGGUUUUGGGAAGGCGUCACAAGGGCUCUUCACAGAGCCAGGCGGAUUCGGCACUUUGGAACUUUUCCUAUACAGGGGCUGUACAGGAAAGAUUUAUGAAAGAUUAUUUUGUCUGUGUCUCCCUCGUGUCUAUGCCCCCCCUCGGUAUGUUUCCCAUUUUCUUCCCCUUACGCUUGAACUCUCCUCAGUUCUCCCCUAGCCCUUCUGCUUUCUCACACAUUUGUUCCCGAACCCUAUGCUGCUUUAUGUGCUUCCCCCACUUCCCUCCCAACCACCCCCACUAGCGAUUACACAGGGUUGGGGGGAGUGUUUUUUGUUUUUAUUUUUCUUGUGUUUGUGUUGUUUGGUUUCCCCUGAAUAGCUUCCCUUCAUAUUACAAAGCAAGCCUUUAUUAAAAAGCAGGUUACCUCCUUGUUAUAGAGUUCCAUUCUUAUUUCAGACAUCGUGAUAUGUUGGUAUAUAACGAUGUUUAGCUGGUUAUAUAUCGCAAUGUUGAAAACCAAACAUCGCCCAGCCUUAGUCUGAAGAGCUGACUCAGUCUGGCUUUUCUGUGUGAUUGGAUGCAGACCUGGAUUUAUUCAUUAGUGUGUAUAUACAAGGGGUAGCUAAUGUGACACCACCGGACACUGCUAAACUACAACUCACCUCGGUCCCAACCAGCAUGUCUAACCAUCAACAUCUGGAGGACACCAUGUUGACUGUCUCUGAUAUACAUGGACACAAAACAUGCUCUUUUAAUCCAGACACUGUUUUUAAAGAAAUGCCGUUCUUAAGCAAAACGUUCUAAACAUUUUUAGUGCUUCUAGUUUUUCCAGUUGUGUUUAUGGUUUAUGGUUAGGGUGCCAAAAGGGCAGGAUAUAAUAUUGUUGCUAUGUAUUGUAUUUCUUGCCAGCCCUUCACCAGAAUCACAUUAUUAUUAUUAUUAUUAUUAUUAUUAUUAUUAUUAUUUCCUGGGCUGCCCAUUGUUUGGUCCUGGGCAAAAUCUUUAUCUCGCUCAGUUCUCCAACUGUAAAAAUGGGAAUAAUAUCCUUUUUCUUGUGAAGAAAGAACAAAAGGAAGAGUUCAUGAAUGGAAAAGCACCAGAUAUAGAAAGGUGGGGUGGUUAGAAAACAUCCAGACGGUGGUUGAUUUGCAGGCUUUAACCUGGCCAGAUGGUUCACAGCAUUCUCACUCCCCCACCCUCCCACCCACAGUGUAAGUUAAUGAGCAAUUCUAAAUGAACCCCCAUUUGAAUGAGUAGCUAUGUAUAUGUAUUACUUGGGCUCCUGUAUCAAAUCACCUGAGUUGUCUUGGGUAGCAGUUUUGUCCAGAUUCCCCUUGCCAGACAGAUGUGUCCCUGUCCCGAUUUCUUUUUUAACCAGCAGCGUGUGGGUAGAACUUGAGCCUGCCUUCCUGCUAGAAGAAGGGAUACCCUCCCUUCUUGCCUUUGUCCACUUGUUAAUUUAUUUCGUGCUUCUCCCCCACCUCAGGGUUCAGCAUGUGCCUUCACAGAACGCAUUCUUCGCAACUAUGGCUUAAAGACUGGUUUCUACAGGUAGGUGCUGCUGAGUUGAGGGCUGGACUGGCUAGGCCCCUCUUGGUUCACAUUCCCACCAUACAUUAAAAGCACGAUGAUACCAGUUUUAAACAGCCAUUGCUUCCACCCCACAAAAAAAGAAUGCAGGGGGCUGAAAUUUGUCAAGGGCGAUGAGAGUUGUUAGGAGGUCUCUAUUCCCCCUCAAAGCUGCAAUUCCAAGGAUUCCCUGGGAAGAAGGGUUGAUCAUUAAACCACUCUGGGAAUCAUAGUUUUUUUAAUUCUGUCAAUUCUGUGACACAGGCCAGUUCUGUGUCCAGGGCAGCUGUUUAUCAGCUCCAUCUGAUACUCAGGCUGAGACCCUACCUGCCCGCGGACUGUCUCGCCAGAGUGGUGCAUGCUCUGGUUAUCUCUCGCUUGGACUACUGCAAUGCGCUCUAUGUGGGGCUACCUUUGAAGGUGACCCGGAAACUACAAUUAGUCCAGAAUGGGGCAGCUAGACUGGUGACUGGGAGCGGCUGCCAAGACCAUAUAACACCGGUCUUGAAAGACCUACACUGGCUCCCAGUAUGUUUCCGAGGACAAUUCAAAGUGUUGGUGCUGACCUUUAAAGCCCUAAACGGCCUCGGUCCAGUAUACCUGAAGGAGCGUCUCCACCUCCAUCGUUCUGCCCGGACACUGAGGUCCAUCUCCAAGGGCCUUCUGGCGGUUCCCUCCAUGCGAGAAGCAAAGCUACAGGGAACCAGGCAGAGGGCCUUCUCGGUAGUGGCACCUGCCCUGUGGAACGCCCUCCCACCAGAUGUCAAAGAGAAAAAAACUACCAAACUUUUAGAAGACAUCUAAAGGCAGCCCUGUUUAGGGAAGCUUUUAAUGUUUAAUAGCUUAUUGUAUUUUAGUGUUUUGUUGGAAGCCGCCCAGAGUGGCUGGGGGGACCCAGCCAGAUGAGCGGGGUAUAAAUAAUAAAUUAUUAUUAUUAUAAUCAUAGUUUUGUUAAGGGAGCAGGUGGGACAACAUGUGUAGUGGCCGUGCUGAGACUGGGAUGGGAUAGGACAGCGGCAAGCGGAGUGGAGGGGAGCUUUGGGGCUGGCAGCAGCUACAGAUGUGCAUGCUUUCACACCCGUUACCAACUUGUUGCUGCUUUGCAUCCUGGCGUGCGACAGCACUGCUGCAGCCACAAGGGUGCCCAACCUCGUGCCUCCGCUGCCCUUCACCAAUGUUUGUAGGAGAGACAAUGCAGCAGGGCAUGCAGUGAUAUCUGGGCUCUACUUGGUGGGUUCACACAGAGUCUAGGGCUUAAUCCUCUCUGUCUGUUUCUCUCCAAAGUUCUCCACAUCUGGUUCAAGUACGCGAGAGGAUCCGGAUUAAUGGGCAGCCCAUCAGCAAGGAGCUGUUCAGCAAGUACUUCUGGCAGGUGUAUAAUCGGUUGGAGGAGAGCAAGGUGAGUGCGGCAGAACCUGUUUGCCACCAGUGUUGCAGUGCGCGGGGCUCCUGUUCACUGUCCCUGAUGGCCAGCAAUGGCCUUUCCCCAGAAUCUCCCAUUCCAUUACCAGACUGCCAAGUCGGUUGUCAUUCUCUGGCUGCUGAUCAUGCAUAGUCUUUGUGGGCCUGUUUUGGGGUGGUUUCAAGAGAGUGUUGGGGGUUUCCUGUGGUACUGCUGCAAACCUUGGGGGUUCCCCAGGUCUGCUGAUCCACUUUGUCUUGUGCAUGGAUGGUGGUGUUUAGGCUACAUCUUCAACGGCACUCACAGCAUGAACGUUAGAAAUAGAAGGAAUGAUAAGGCAAAAUGAUGGUUUUCCAUCAGUAGAUUUCUGCCUAGAGUUGUGAUUUUGUGGGUUCAGAGCUGUCACUUUUGCCAUUUUGUAUAUACAGUGGUGCCCCGCAAGACGAAUGCCUCGCAAGACGGAAAACUCGCUAGACGAAAGAGUUUUCCGUUUUGGAGGUGCUUCGCAAAACGAAUCUGCUAUGGGCUUGCUUCGCAAGACGAAAAUGUCUUGCGAGUUCCUGCGUUUUUUUUUUCCUUUUCCCCCUCUUUUUCUAAGUCGCUAAGCCGCUUAUCUGCUUAUCCGAUAAGCUGAUAAGCCGCUAAAGCCGCUAAAAGCCGCUAAUAGCGCUAAUAGCGCUAAUCCGCUAAUCCGUCAAUGGGCUUGCUUCGCAAGACGAAAAAACCGCUAGACGAAGAGACUCCCAGAACGGAUUCUUUUCGUCUUGCGAGGCACCACUGUAUUUUUAAAAUUAUCUUGGUUUAUUUGUUUAAAACAUUUCUCAGCCAUUCCUCUUUUUAAAAAUCAAAUAAAAGUAUUCAAAAGUUAACAAAAAUGUUGCUAUAAAGUAUUUCUGGAACUGUGUUGCAUAAAGUUUGAGUGAGAAAAUAGUUCACAUAAUUCUGAUGUGUGAUUGUUUUUGCUGUAAAAGCAUUUAAAAUAGAAACUUUUGUUGUAUGCUUUGAUAGAUUUGUGGUUGGUGGUUUUAUAUUGACAUAGCUGUAUGAAAAUAAAAGACUACUGUCUGGGGGAAAAAAUAAUUCUAGCUUUGCUGUUGGACUAAGCACAACAGUUUGAAAGUCACCUGCACUAUGGAGCCCAGAGUUCACAUCUCAAGGAAACCCAGUUUGGUUGAUUAAUGGUGAACAAAGAGAGGCUUUGUUUUGGGGUAUAGAUUGCUCAUUGGUGAAUUGCAGUCCUCCUAACCCACAGCUUGCUUUCUCCAAAGGUUUCUGAACAUCCAGCCAUGCCUGCCUACUUCCGUUUCCUCACCAUCAUGGCUUUCCAUGUCUUCUUGCAGGAAAAGGUACUCCUUGCAGACUCAAUCAUUAAUGUUGACCAGAGUGAGACUAGGCUUAGACUUUGGGUCUAAGCCACAUUGACACCAGACAUUUAAAGUACUAUGACUCUGCUUUGAACAGCCGUGGCUUCACCCAAGGAAUUAUGGGAGCUGUAGUCCGUUCAAGGUGAGAAUUGUUAGGAGGCCUCUAUUGCUCUCACAGAGCUGCAGUUGCCUGAGUCGUCCUUCUUCACAGGGAACUCUAGGAAUUGUAGCUCCCAUAAUUCUUUGGUAGAAGCCAUGUUUAAAGUAGUAUCAUAGUGCUUUAAAUGCAUGGUGUUUGGAUACAUUCCAGUUAUGGCAUCUUGGCCUUUAGGGUGCUGGGCCGGACAUGGAGGAAGUGGUCGUGCUUUUGGUAGGCAUGCAGAAGACCCCAGGUUGGGCUGAGAGAGAACUCUGCCAGAAAUCAUGGAGAACAUUGCUGCCACUCACUGUAGACAAUACUAAAAUAGGUGGGACCAAUAGUCUGACUUGGUAUAAGGCAGCUUCCUAUGUUCCUAAGGAGCUUGGUGGCAUUGCUCGCAUGGCCCUUUAAAGAAAAGGAGAUCAGACAGAUUAGUGCAGGCUUCCUCAGCCUUGGCCCCUCCAGAUGUUUUUGGCCUACAACUCCCAUGAUCCCUAGCUAGUAGGACCAGUGGUCAGGGAUGAUGGGAAUUGUAGUCUCAAAACAUGGAGGGCUGAGGUUGAGAAAGCCUGGAUUAGUGGAAGAUAGAAGCCUGUCAAUGGCUCCUGGUCGUGGUAAAUGGGAUUUACAGCAAAAUAUUGCCAUUCCUCCCUGUUCCUCUCAGAAGAGUUCUUCUGCUUAGGGCUUGCACAGCCUGGAACAGGAGCCUUGUUUUUAUGUUUUGUCACCACAAAAGAGGGCACAGAUGCAUACAUAUUAGCAGAUGCAAAUAUAUGAGUCAGUGCAAUUUUAGAGAUAAUGGCUGUAAUUUCAAUGGAAAACUCACCUUAGUGUGGAAGACUGUGAAUGUGUGAUUGGUUGCUUACUCUGCUGUCCAGGUGCUAACUAUAGAUGAACAACUUCAAGGCCCCAUCCUGUUCUACCUUUGUUAUCAGAUUUGACUGGACAACCUUCCAACAGAUGACACUUUAUUUGAAAGUGUCCUCUGUAGAGAAGGACAUGUGGCCACCCUCCUUAUUGUGUUGUUCAGGUCUAUCCAGUUUUCAGAGCGAGAGAGGGAUAAAGGAUGCCCCGCCCCUUGAGAUUCCAUGCUGCACUUUAUGGUGCAGGGGUAACCAAUAUGUCACCCUCCAGAAGUUGCUGGAGACCGACUCUCACUAGUCCCGGAAGGUGUCUUUAAGGCCAACCUUCCCCCAGCUUGGAGGAUUUCCAUAACUCUUGAACCGCCAUCAGCUCCAGCCAGCAUGACCCAGUGGUCAGAGACAAUGAAAGCUGUAGCCCAACUUCCCCUGGAGUGUGCCUGCUCUGUGUACAUGCUCUGUGUACGUACUUUGCUGAUACGCACCUUUCUUCUUCCCAGGUAGACCUAGCAGUCAUGGAAGUUGGCAUUGGUGGUGCAUAUGACUGCACCAAUAUUAUCAGGUAGGGCAUCUGUGCGCGGUUCGAAAUGGCCGUCAUCUUCUUGGUGGGAAAUGCUUUGAAUGCCAUCUCAUAAAAAAGAACAUUAAGCAGUUUCUUGCUUCCCUAAUGAGUGGGCACAGUUCACCAAGCAGUUUCCCACUGGUGUGUACGCUCCGUUUCUUAAUUUAUAUUAUUACUAUUAUUUAUUUCCUUUCCCACUUUUUCUCCAAGGGGCUAAUGAUGAAUGCACAUAGCCCUCCCACUCCGCAUUAUACCGGUGAGGUAGGUUAAGCAUAGAGGCCAUUCCUGCCUCAGGUCCACCCAACUGAGGUUCAUGACUGAGUGGAGAUACGGCCCCAGGUCUCUCAGUCUUUCGCCCACUGCAUCACACUGGCUUUCAGCAUAUCAGCUAGUAGUUGUCGUUAUAUAUAAUUGCUUACAGUCUUAAGGGACAUGGUACAAAAGGCAAAACAAAUGUGAAGAGAAAGACAGGCAAGUUCAGUCACCAGAGUGUGACAAGAUUACGUAACUUAAGAUGGAGAAUGACUGCUGAUGCUGGCAGUUUUGGGAAGGGAGGAACCAAACUGGACAGUUGGUCCCAUGCUAGCUGGUACACCUUUCCUCUGGUGCAACUGGGAUAAAUGCAGGCAGUUCUAGAGUCGGGUCGCCUGCCCCAUAUAGCACAAUAGCACCAACUUGCAGGAAUUGUGGGCUAGCUUACAGCAGUCCUAUUCUCGUUGUACGGGCCUGUCAUCGUGCGAGCUACCUCAGCGAGGCCUGGCGAGUAAAGGGGAGGUGGAACACUGACCUCUGGUUUGCUCAAAAGAGGUGUGUGAGUGUGAGCACUUGGACCCCAUUGCCAUUCACUGAGACCUGUGGUUUGAAUACAGUAGAGUCCCCAAGCCCAAGGAGAAGGGAUGUCUUUCUCACACCUUCUCUUCCUUGUAGGAAGCCGGUUGUGUGUGGGGUUUCCUCUCUGGGUAUCGACCACACCAGCAUCUUGGGUGACACCAUUGAGAAGAUUGCCUGGCAGAAGGGAGGCAUCUUCAAGGUAAGGCCUUAAUGUCCUUAGGUGAGAUGUCUUUAUUACCUCAGGUGAAACAUAGGGCAGGAAAUGGAUGCGGAGGGGUCUGCUGCUGUGGGGUUGCUUUUAUUUAGUGGGCCUAUUUUUCCGUACAAGAUUAUUGGUUAGCUAUUCCUUGUUUCAAUGUUGGAGUGUUUUAUCGGAAUGAGAAUUGUGUGGAUGGAGAGAUGCAGUGAUUGUAAGGAGAGUCAUUGUAUAUGUGGGGUUGUGUGUUUAUAUUCAUUUUGUGUAGUGUGAAAGGUUUUUUUGUAAUUUGGAUUCAUGCAUAUUUUGUAUUUUUUUUAAAAUUAUAAACUGUACUUAUGCCGCAUUGUUUGCACAUAUGUCAAUUUCCCUUUUUCUUAUCCUUUGAAUUCUAUGGAAAUAUUGUGUUUUUAAUAUUCGGUUGGGAGCUGUCCAGAGUGGCUGGGGAAACUCAGCCAGAUGGGCAGGGUAAUAAUAGUAGUAAUAAUAAUAAUAAUAAUAAUAAUAAUAAUAAUCGUGAUGUAUCUAUCGUCUGAGGGGACGCGGGUGGCGCUGUGGGUAAAACCUCAGCACCUAGGAUUUGCCGAUCGCAUGGUCAGCGGUUCGAAUCCCCGCGGCAGGGUGAGCUCCCACCGUUCGGUCCCAGCUCCUGCCCACCUAGCAGUUCGAAAGCACCCCUAAGUGCAAGUAGAUAAAUAGGGACCACUUAUCUAGCGGGAAGGUAAACGGCGUUUCCGUGUGCGGCGCUGGUGCUGGCUCGCCAGUGCAGCUUUGUCACGCUGGCCAUGUGACCCGGAAUUGUCUUCGGACAGCGCCGGCUCCCGGCCUCUAGAGCGAGAUGAGCGCGCAAACCAUAGAGUCGGUCACGACUGGCCCGUACAGGCAGGGGUACCUUUACCUUUAUCUAUCGUCUGUCUAUUGCCAUAUCAUCUAUCUAUCUAUCUAUCUAUCUAUCUUUCUAUCCACACACACACAUAAACUGAUGUUUCACAUUUGAACUUUCUAAUUGUUUGAGGCCACUUUCACACCAUUCACACCUCUUGAGUCUGAACCUUUGAAUGCUUCCCUGGCCACUCACCUCCACUGAACCUGCUUUGCCCGCGGAGUGUUUUUCCCUGGCUGGAAUAUAUCCCUAAACUCUCAUAAUUCCUUUUGCUUCUGUGGAUAGAUGGAGGAUAGAGAGGGCUCUGCAAGUGUGUGCGUAAGCUAGCCUGUUGUGCACCCCUGGCAUGUGGCCCUCGGGAGGGUUGUCCAGAAGGAAAGGUGGCCCUUGAGCUGAAAAAUGUUUCCUAUCCCUGAUGGAACAGAACCUGACUUCCCACUCACUCAAGCAGCCCACACAGCAUGUAUGUUGGCACCUCCUGCUCAGCUUUGGCGCACUGUGCAACUUGGUGGAAUAUGGCCAGGCUGCAUUUGGGAGCAGAAACUGUGUGUGUUCCUUUUUCUAGUGUUCUGAGGCUGCUGAUUUAUUCUUUCUCGGCUUGCUUUUCAGCCUGGAGUGCCGGCCUUCACUGUUCCUCAGCCAGAGCGGCCCUUAGAUGUCCUGAGAGAGAGAGCUGAGAAGAGCUCGGUAAGAAGUCGCACAAAACACACCCUUAUGUCCUUAGCCUCCUUCUCAGAACAUGAGUCCCUCCUGGUGUGUGAAAAGGGGGUAGGAUAUGGAAACCUAGUUCCAUGAAGAAAUGCCCAAGGGAGUGGACAUUUUUAGCUUGGAGAAGAGAAAACUGAGGUAAACAUGGAGGUGAGCCCUCUUCCUGUGCAGCUGCCUUCACCAGCCCUGGUGUCCUCCAGAUGUUUUGGACCACAACCCGCACCAGCCCCAGCCAGCUUUAGCCCAGAACAACAAGGGAACCAGGUUAGUGAAGGACUGCCAUGUUUGGAAUAGGGAAAGAUCUUGUCUCUGGUAUCACCCAGGGGAGGACAGGUAGAUUUCAGGUGAACACCUAGAAGCUUAAUGACAACAACACCAGUUCAGCAAUGGGACAGUGCAUGUUUGCAGCAGGGGCAACGCGAAGUUAGGGUUAAAAACCACUGGUUCAUGUUGGGUGUUAUCCACUUGGGCAGUCCGGUUUCCUACGUGACUGGUUGGGACGGCUGGCGUGGAGUGGAUAACCGGAGGGUGGAAGCCUUUGUCUUCUGCAGCCCUGUUUAGGGAAGCGUUUAAUGUUGAAUAGACUAUUGUAUUUUAAUAUUCUGUUGGAAGCCGCCCAGAGUGGCUGGGGAAACCCAGCCAGAUGGGUGGGGUAUGAAUAAUAAAUCAUUAUUAUUAUUAUGCAGUGCCAGCUGUACCUGUGCCCUGACCUGGAUGCCUUCGAAGAGGAUGGGAAGCCUCUUCCACUGGGAUUGGCAGGUGACCACCAGCGCUCCAACGCUGCCUUGGCCCUCCAGCUCUCUCACAUGUGGCUUGGACAGCAGGGGUAUCUGGGUGAGUGGAAGGAGUCAUUUUUCACUUUUGGUGGCGGGGCGGGGCUGUGCCCCUCAGAACAACUUCCAAUCCAUAACUGGAACGCUCAGGUAUAAGAUGGAGUAGCCGUGAGAAUAUGUCAUGCUACAAUGUUGGAAAAGUAUACAACUCCACUCUCGUGUCUGAAUUGACUCUGUACAUAGCAGCAAAGCAAGGGUGGGGAUCCACAGGCCUGGGAGCAGAAUGUGGCCCUCCAGGCCUUCUGUCUGGCCCUCAGCACUCUUUCUGGGACACAUCCCAUCCCCAGCUACAUGUCUUGCAAGCCCUACCUUGCAGCCUCUUUGAAAGAUUACUCUUGCCAUGCUGGAAUGUGUUCUUGGACUCUGAUAAUGUCUCUCGCUUGACUGCAUGGAAGAUAGAGAAUUAUUAUUAUUAUUAUUAUUAUUAUUAUUAUUAUUAUUAUUAUUUAUACCCCGCCCAUCUGGCUGGGUUUCCCCAGCCACUCAGGGCAGCUUCCAACAAAAUAUUAAAAUACAAUAACCUAAUAAGCAUUAAAAGCUUCCCUAAAGAGGGCUGCCUUCAGAUGUCUUCUAAAGGUCUGAUAGUUGUUUUUCUCUUUGACAUCUGGUGAGAGGGCGUUCCACAGGGAAGGUGCCACUACUGAGAAGGCCCUCUGCCUGGUUCCCUGUAACUUGGCUUCUCGCAGCGAGGGAACUGCCAGAAGGCCCUCGGCGCUGGACCUCAGUGUCCGGGCAGAAUGAUGGGGGUGGAGACGCUCCUUCAGGUAUACUGGACCGAGGCCUGUGCUAAGUCUUUGUAGAAACCAUCAUGUUGUGUUGUUCUUGCUUGUAAAAGCAGUUGGUGGCUCUUGUUGCAUUAGUCAAUGGGCCAGAGAGUCCUUUACUUUGACUUGCUCCUACAGUGGUGAGGGUAGCUGAUGGGUCUCAAGCCCUCAGUGAGUUAGGGACUUGUCUAUCACCUGCAUGCGAAGACAGGCCCUAGCAGAUUGAGCGGAUGGGUAGGUCCAACGGUCAAGAAGGCGGUUUCUGUACAUGCUGUAGAGAGAAGUGAGAUGGGGCUCAUCAGCCUGGGAAGGUAGCCCAUAUAGCAAGAGGAAAUCGCUGACCCUAAACUUCCACAGCCUUGCGGGACAUCUUCAGGAGAAGAAAAGGCUAAGGAGUAAACCCUACACAAAUUCAGAGUAGAGUCCAUAAGAUGGUUGGAUGGCACCUUGUACACCUCCUUUUGGCAACACUCUGCAGCCAAGUGGGGGCCAUAUGCUUUCCUUUCCUUUGGACCAUAUCAGCAAGGCCGAGGGGGGUUCUUGUCGUCCGGGCAUCCCAGGACCUCCAUACACACUGCCCAGGCUUGCUCCUACAGUCCCUGGGGGCAAUUGGAGCUAAGUGUUUUUUUCAGACAGGGAGGGGGCAAGUGAGCUUCUCCUUUUGGAGUGGUGGCCAUUGGUUGGUCUUAUUCCUCCUGGGAGCGAAGGGCACAUAGCCUCCCAGUGACCCCUGGUUACUAGAGAUUGCAAGUGGAGAAAGCGUUCUUGUGUUCUGGCUCCGCUCGUAGACUUCGCAUUGAAGCAUCUGGUUGGCCACGGGGAGAACUGGCUGCUGGAGUAGAUGGGUCUGUGGCCUGAUCCAGCAACCAGGCUCCUCAGCUGUCCUUAGACACCAGAGUGUAUGCUUCUCUUCUGGCCACUGGAGGCUGGGCAAGCAGGGCCACGCCCCGCAAUCUUAGUCUGCUCUCUGCCAGCACCUAUCUGCUUGCCUUCCUACUCUCAUUGAGGCCAGGGGUUGGUGCUGACGGCAAGCCUCCUCCCCUUUAGUCUCAGUGUUGCACCUUGUAGAACAGAGCAGGAGGAGAAUGGGGACAAACUAAGACUAGUUGGCUGUGGCGCCACCUGCUGUUUGUCUCCCUGCCUUCCACCCUACCAGCUCUAACAGACACCACCCAUCACUGCUUCUGUUCUUCAGUGUCUGGGCAUGCGGAAGAUCACAGGCUCGAUCCCUGUCAUCUCCAGGUAAGGCUGGGAAAUAAUUCUCUGCUUGAAACCCUUGAGAGCCACUGUCAGUAAAUGCUGACUACAUAUAGGGCAGGAUGGGCAAACGGUCUCACCCGAAUAAGGCGGCCCCUUACACAUAACUUACAUAACUCAGUUAUGUGUAAGUUUGACUUAUUAUCUUGACAUUGUUGUGUUUUAAUUUUGAAAUAAAAAUAAUUUUUAAAAAUGCAGUUCACUUACAGCACAAAAAAAAAAUAGGCUGUAUGAAAUAAUACUUUAGAAUUCAGUCUUUUAAAAGCCAUGUGGGGGGGCUGGGUCAGGGUCUUAAGCCCAGUUUGGUCCAGCAAGUAGAGACAUUUGGCAAUACAUUAGCCUGCCUCCCCAGAGCACGUGGUCUCACAUUGGUUGGUUAUUGGGACUGGCACCAUCCACAUGUGAGGAUAGCUGGAUGUGUAGGAAACUAACUUUCCUUGGGGCUAUAGUUGGGAAGAGAGCGAACUGAUACCAGUCCACUUUGCAAGGUUGUUAUAAAGGUAAUGCCUUUAAUUUUAAAGAUUUAGGUCCUACCUUAAUCACAAACGCUUUAAAGUGGCUAAGUUUGAUAUGAUGAUGAUGAUGAUGAUGAUGAUGAUGAUGAUGAUAAUAAUAAUAAUAAUUUAUUAUUUAUACCCCACCUAUCUGGCUGGGUUUCCCCAGCCACUCUGGGUGGCUCCCAACAGAAGAUUAAAAGCAUAAUAAAAUGUCAGACAUUAAAAACUAGAGCAUGCACCACUCUGGUGAGACUGUCCACAGGCAGGUAGGGUCUCAGCCAGCAUAUCAGAUGGAGCUGAUAAACAGCUGCCCUGGACACAGAAUUGACUUACGCCUCCAUGGACAGCUGUGAGUCCAAGAUGACUCCUAGGCUGUGCACCUGGUCCUUCAGGGGCACAGUUACCCUGUUCAGGAUCAGGGAGUCCUCCACACUCGCUCGCCCCUUGUCGCCCCAAAACAGUACUUCUGUUUGUCAGGAUUCAACCUCAAUCAGCUGCCAUCCAUCCGCCUCCAGACACUCACACAGGACUUUCACUGCCUUCACUGGUUCUGAGAGCUAGAGUGCGAAAGUCUGGAGUUUUUGUAGAGUUUUGUGCCUCUCAAAGACCUCCUCCUUGCUGAUUUUUAAAAAUAACUUUUUAACAGUGACUUAAAUGGGGCUCAAGAUAUAAACUCUAUUAAUUUAGUGAUAGCCUCAUCUGCUGCCUUUGAUUGCUGUUUUUGUCUUUCUCAUUAGCGUGUUUGUGCUGAAGCGUGUUUGGGAUAUAAAUAAAUGAAUUAUAAAAAAUUAGGAUUGCAGCAAACACUUAAGUGUUCACUAACAGAGAAGAGGGUGGCUUUUUCUGUGUCUGGACAGAUAUUGGUGAGCUGAAGGCCCCCUGGUUGAGCUCAGAGCUGCCGGCAAAGAGAUCUCCACCAUUGGCCCCUGUCUUCAAGCCAGGAGAAGCCAUGCUGCAAGGUGAGUUUCUCUUUCUCUCUUAGCUCCUCCAAUGCUCUAAAAAAGGGGGUCACGGGCCUUUCUCUUGGCUGUUUUCCCACACACUGCUGUUGCCUUUGACUUUUGGCAAGCGAUAGUUGGACCCAGUGUGAACAUUUUGCUUUCGCAUAAAGUAAAAAUAUGUAGACACGUUUAGCCUCCUUGGCUUUCCUGUCAAUGACCUCAAAGGAGGCAGCUCCCACGCAAAUGGAUGCGGAAGGCAAGGCGUGAUACGAAAAGAAUGAAUUCAAAAAUAUUUAAUUGCUCAAGGCAAGGUCGCAGCAAGAAUUAUGGCUUACCUUCCCACAGAACUUGAGGAAACCAACAAUGCAUGUAUUUAAGGUGGCGAUUCCUAUCUUGGUGUGUUCUGCUUCUGUUCAGUCAGUUCCCACAUUAGACAAAGGAGAAGGAGUGCAGAGUACGUGCUUUUCCCAGUCUCCAGCAUCCGCAGUUAGCACCACGGUGGCGAACUUGUAGCCCCUCCUGAUGUUGUUGGAUUCCCAACUCUCACCCGGCCCAACCAGCAUGGCCAGUACUCAGGGAUGAUGGCUGUUCAACACCAUCUGGAAGACCACAGGUUAUCCACACACAGACACAGAUGUUUGAAAGGAUUUUGUAUUUUGUGUGUGACUGGCUGGUUGACUUUUAAAGCUCAUUUUCUGGUCCUAAUGUUAUGAAGGUAAACGUGUAAGAAACAACCUCUACACUGCAUGAUCCAGACUUUUGUACUCAAGGAAUGGUGGCAGGAAUAUGCUAAAACAGGUCUGGCUUCAGGCAUGAGGGUGUACAGGGCAAAAUUCCCUCUAGUGAACUCUUUGCUACUUUAGUGGGUUUUGCCCAGCUGACCGAGGAGGCAGUGCCCAAACGACUGGGUCCUGGAACCACUGUUCUAACUUUCCACAACGAUCCUCAUGGAGCCUGGCUCCAAAGUUUGUGGGAAAUUAAGGCAACAGCUACUGGACCCAUACACUGCCCCCUCCAAAGAAGAUGGUCACUGGGCAGGCAUCAGCAUCGGGCUCACUUUCAGCACCUGGGGCCCUGUCAGCUGCCGCAGAGCGCUGUGUGCUGAUGCCAGACCCGUGCUGAAAUCAAAAUCUGUGGCAGGGAUUAAAUCCACCAUUCCACUUGCUGUAUUCUGGGAACAUCAGAAGCCAGGGAAACAUUGUGCCUGCUUCCAGAAGUUGGCCUGGUUGGGGCCUUGCUGUGUCUCCCAAGAAAAGGGCAGUUCCACCACUAUGGACCAGCUUCUAAGAAUACUUUCUGCAUGCAUUGGGUUGUCCUCCUCAGAGUGGACCCAUUGAAACAGAUGAGCAUGGCUAACUUGGUAACGUUAAUUUCAGUGGAGUGGGUCUACUCUGAGAAGAAUCUAGCUGGGUUACAGCCCAGUUGACUUUCCUUCUCUCUCCAUGCCAAGGAGGUAGGCUUGGAAGGGGGUCAUUUGCAGCACAGAUCUGCUUUUGAAGACUCACUAGCUCGGGCAUAGGCAAACUCGGUCCCUCCAGAUGUUUGGGACUACAAUUCCCAUCAUCCCUGACCACUGGUCCUGUUUUUGUAGUCUGCAGGGCCUGAGUUUGCCCAUGCCUGCACCAGCUACUAACUGCGCCUUCUCUUAGCUUGUCAAAACGCUGGAUUGUCCUGAAAUUAGUAGAGUGCAAGAAGAAUGAAUUGCUAAUAGAAAAGGCCCUGUUAGCUGCAUAGUCUGCAGACUAUGUUCACCUUAUGAUGCUAUGGAAAAGAACCUACAUUGUGGUGGGCCUCAGCCCAGGGAACUGGUAGCUGGGUUGUUAUCUCCACCAGCCCUCAUGGACCAAGUCUGGCAAGUGAGCAGAGCCCAAAUCAUCUGACCGCACAGUGACAUCAGAUGAUCUCUCCCUCUGCCUCUGAAGGUCUUGCUGUUCCAUUUUCAAAGCACUGUUCUUUAAGUAAUCUUGUUAUAUUUAUAGUAUUGGGAGACUUCUGGGGUGCACCAUCGGCAAUGGUGGACUCCCUCUGAACUGGAGGGACUAGCUCCGCGCGAAAUGGGUCUUUUCCGCUACAGCGAAGCGGGGACCCUUUUAAAAAUCACAGGCGGAUGAAGCCUGUGACCAUGGGACUCAGCGGGCACCCUUAGCGCCCCCCCAACCCGCAAAGGAACCCACUAACGGGCUCCGAGCGAAGAGGGGAAGUGGCGCGGAGCUGUGAGUCAACUGCUAUUUCCGUGGAGCGAAGCCGCAUAGCCGUUGCCGGAGAGCGCUGCCUUUUUCCUGGGACAAUUUGACUUCUAAAAUAAGCACCCGUGAGUACUUAAACUUUGAACAAUUGGACUUUAAAUAAGGACUUGCGAGCAGAAAAUGGGACUUAAAAAUUUACUUCAAUUUGGUACUGAAACGGGAAAGUCUAAACAGGAAGUCAGCCUUCUGUUUCUUUGUAGACAGAAUAAAGCAAAGACAACGUAAACUAGAGCUCAGAAAAUUGCUUCUAAAGGAUUGCUUUCAUCAUUUAAAAUUGUUGAACCCCCCCCUUCGGCAGCAGGAGAAGAAGGGGGAUCUUUUUCGGACUGUUUAAACCUGCAGAAGUGAGUUUAAAGUAAAGUAACUUUCCACCGUCCUGAUCCUGGAGCGGGGUGUCCGGACUGACGUUUGGAGCUCAUUGACCAGAGACAAACGUUUUUGACAGAUAGCUAAAAGAAGAGAAACAUAGUGAUUCCAUUGUUUCCUUUCGUAUUUUAAAGGAACAAAUAUUGACAAAAUAUCUCAAAAUAUCUCAAAAAGGAAACUUUGUUGCAAGAACAAAUAGAAGUUUUCCCACUAGAGGGAGACUGUAAAACUGUAACUAAUUCUCGGGAGCUUGCAGCUGUCACAGAUUACAAUCGUGGGAAUAGACUUGUGACCUUGUAGGACAAUGUAUUCAGAAGCUCUGUUGUGUGCUCUCUGUAAAACAAAUGCCCUACUGGAACAGUUAAAUGAGAAGACGGAUUUGAUGACUAAUGCGGUCAGAAUUUUUGAACAGGCAGUGGGAAACUACAUGGAGCCCACCCAGGAAUUAAAUCAGGAGUGUGUCCUGACAGAACAGAUGAGAGAAGAGGAUAUUGCUGAAUCUUGGGCGCCAGAGAUGGAGGUUGCUGCGGCCCUGCAGGAACAUGAGCUUUUGGAUUUGACAAAUGAACUUGGAAAAAGCCAGAUCUGGAAAGAUAAAGUUUGGACUGGUUUGGAAAUGGGGGGUUGGAUAGACCCCCCUAUGCAGGGAUGUUUGGACUUUCCGAGUCUGGCAAUGGGCCAUGAGAUGUUUGGAGCUGUGGGGGCUCUCAAUUCUGGAGGGAUUCUGAAACAUGUUUUUAAAUACCACAUGGAGUUUAGUCUGAACUAUGGAAAAGGGGCUGAUUUGUUGAAAAGGGUCAAAAACAUUACCAAGCUGGAGUUCCCACGAGUGAAAGGAGAAUAUGAAGAAGAGCUGCGGAAGGGACAUGGAAGAGACUUAAGGGCCUCGGAUAUAAGGUUACCAGGUUAAUGCGCUAGAUCGAUGGGAUAAAAAGGACUGACAAAACCCGGGACCAGGAGGAAGGGACGCUGGAUGAAGAUUGGAUUGUUUUUAUUUAUUUUUUUAUUACUAGGAUUGUUUUAUAAAAUUGAUGAAUGUUAGAAAAAUGUUGGAACGAAAUUACUUGGCUCUAGCAAAAAUGUUUAAAGAAUUAAGUAAGAAUAUUAUGGUUAUGAGAAGUUGGUAAAAAUAAGAUUUAAGUUUUAAGGUUUUCUAUAAGACAAGAUGAAAAUAGAUUAAGGUAAUGCAAUGACAGAAUAUUAUGAAAUAUGGAAAGGAUUUGCUGCGAUAAUUAUUAACUAGGAUACAAAAAAAGGGAGGAGGAGGAGGUCAAAGAAAGAAGGUAAUGAAAUUUGAGGAUUUGAGAAUGAUGGAUUUAUUUUUAUCUGUUUGUGGUGUAUUUUUGUUUUUUGAAUUUGUAUUGUUUGAUGUGGUUUGUUUUCUCUUUGUUUUUUCUUUUUUCUUUUUCUGCUCUGUUUUUUUCUGUAAUUCUAAAAAAUUUUCAAUAAAUAUCAUUUAAAAAAAAUAUUUAUAGUAUUGAAAUGUAUUUCUUUGUAUUUUGUAUGUUGCUUUGUUGUUACGAAAUUGUUUUUUGUAGUGGUUGUUUCUUUGUUGUAGGCCGCUGAGCAUGAUUUUUGUGUGUGGAAAAGUGGUAUAGAAAUAAAAGGAAUGAACGAAUGACUGUCUUGCAGAGCACUUUGAAUGGGACUUUAUGGACACUGCAGAUCAUCUGCUUAGCGGUUCCUGCAAAACUCCUUUCAGCUGAACCAGGUUUUUUACGUGCCCCACACUUAAUGUCAACUAUUCUGUUGGAUGUAGGGGAACUGGGCAUGGCUCAGCUGAAAUGGACCAAACUGCUAUCACCCCUGACUUUUGGCAAGUGGUAGUUUGACCCAGUAUGAACAUUUUGCUUUCACAUAAAGUAAAAAUAUGUAGACACGUUUAGCCUCCUUGGCUUUCCUGUCAAUGACCUCAAAGGAGGCAGCUCCCAUGCAAAUGGAUGCGGAAGGCAAGGCGUGAUACGAAAAAAAUUAAUUCAAAAAUAUUUAAUUGCUCAAGGCAAGGUCUCAGCAAGAAUUAUGGCUUACCUUCCCACAGAACUUGAGGAAACCAACAAUGCAUGCUUUUGAGGUGGCGAUUCCUAUCUUGGUGUGUUCUGCUUCUCUUCAGUCAGUUCCCACAUUAGACAAAGGAGAAGGAGUGCAGAGUACGUGCUUUUCCCAGUCUCCAGCAUCCGCAGUUAGCGCCACGGUGGCAAACUUGUAGCCCCUCCUGAUGUUGUUGGAUUCCCAACUCUCACCCGACCCAACCAGCAUGGCCAGUGCUCAGGGAUGAUGGCUGUUGUAGUUCAACAACAUCUGAAGGACCACAGGUUAUCCACACACAGACACAGACACAGAUGUUUGAAAGGAUUUUGUAUUUUGUGUGUGACUGGCUGAUUGACUUUUAAAGCUCAUUUUCUGGUCCUAAUGUUAUGAAGGAAAACAUGUAAGAAACAAACUCUAUGUCAGCUGACAUGGACCAGUCCAGGCUGAGGCGGCAAAGACUGUUCACCUUUGCUAUGAAACCACUUCCUCUCAGGAGCUCAUGCGCCACAAACCUUUUUGGUGCUUCCAGCCUCUGUUGGAAACAUAUCUAUUCACUAGUACAUUCCCUGAUUUUUAGCACCCUGAUUUCUGUGAUUGUUAAUAUUUUACUAAUGUUUUAUGGAUGUGUAAUUUAUACAUUUUUUUAUUACUUAGUGUUUUGUUAUUGCACUGGUAGCAAAUGGCUUUGGGUACUCUCUGGAGUGAAAGGCUGGGGUUUUUACCGUAUUUUUUGCUCUAUAAGACUCACUUUUUCCCUCCUAAAAAGUAAGGGGAAAUGUGUGUGCGUCUUAUGGAGCGAAUGCAGGCUGCGCAGCUAUCCCAAAAGCCAGAACAGCAAGAGGGAUUGCUGCUUUCACUGUGCAGCGAUCCCUCUUGCUGUUCUGGCUUCUGAGAUGCAGAAUAUUUUUUUUCUUGUUUUCCUCCUCCAAAAACUAGGUGCGUCUUGCGGUCUGGUGCGUCUUAUAGAGUGAAAAAUACGGUAAUUUAUUUUUCUGUCUCAUCAUUUACUCCUUUCCUUGGGGGAAAUGGGGGAGAUGUGAACGUAGCCGUAGACAAAAACAAAGGCCUGUGCAGGUCUCGUUGUAGAGGGCAUUGUUCCUGCUUAGCCAUCACCUCCGUCUCUUUUGCUCUCCAGGGCUACAGGAAGCCGUGUGGCUCGGUCGAAACCAGGUGCUGCGCCACGGUCCUGUGACGUGGUACAUUGAUGGGGCCCAUACCACCAGCAGUAUACAGGCCUGCGUCCGCUGGUUUCGCAAAGCUGCCCUGAAUGAGGAGAAGCCUGCAGAGUAAGCGAGGGUUUGGCUGGGGUCUCUUUCCAUUCUGAGCCUCUACUGCUUAGAAUAGCCUUAUCCUGAAUAAAUUUGUCUGAUCCUCUUUUAAACAAGUUGGUGGCCGUCCCUAUACCUUGUGAGAUCUUCUGGUCUUCUGUGUGUGUAUCUGUCUGUCUGUCUGUCUGUCUGUCUGUCUGUCUUCCACUGAGCUGGGGUGGUGGUGAAUAGAUAAUGAGACCUGACUCUUUCCUUGCAUUUGCAGCGGUUCUGAAGUCCGGGUGCUCCUCUUCAACGUGACAGGCGAUCGUGAUACUGCCGCUCUGCUUAAGCUGCUGCUGGUGAGUUUUCUUGUUUGCUUCCCUCCCCCUUAAAAAAAGGGAGGGGGGAAGUACCUAGCUCUGCUUUAACAUGGCUUUCAGGACAACCAUCAAACCAUUACAAAAAUAAUAAUAGUAAUAUUAAAUGAUUUGGAAUAGAAUUUAGAAACAAAGGUCAGCAGCCAUUAAAGCAGCAGGGGAAAAUGAAAUUCAUAAACUUAUGUGCAGAAUAAAUGUAAGACCUCUGCUGACACUUUGAAUGGCCUGGGAAAUAAUACAGUACAGUGGUGCCUCGCAAGAUGAAAUUAAUUCGUUCCGCGAGUUUUUUCGUCUAGCGAAUUUUUCGUCCUGUGGAGCACGAAAUCCCAUAGGAAUGCAUUGAAAUCCAAUUAAUGCAUUCCUAUGGUCAAAAAAAGUCCAAACAAAGCCAAAUUUGGUACAACAAGAGUUUAUUAAGUGCUCUUUAAAGUCACACAUACUGUAAAGAGCAUUUCAAAAAUUGAAGGAACAAUAAAUUAAGUUUAUAAACAUGACAGAAAAAACAUUUAAAAAUCAACAAAGUGUACAUUACAUUUUCUAAGACUCUGGGGGGACCACUCGAAGAAGGUUCCUCUUCCACUCUUUGCUUCUUGCUUAAGAACCUGUCCAUGGUCUGCUGCUUCAUCCGCCUUUUCAGCACCUCCGUGAAAGACGACAUGACCCUCGUAUCAAAAGUGUUCGCAAGGUCACGUGUCACGUGCUUGUCAGGGUGGUUCCGCUCUGCAAAAGCCUGCACAUCCUUCCACUUCAGGCAAAUGUCCCUCAGUUCUUUGGAGGACAGCCGUUCCUCAGUUGCUUCCUCCUCCUCCUUCCUCCUCCUGCGCAGCCUCUGCCUGCAGUUCGACCAGCUCCUGGGUGGUCAGCUCGUGGUCGUGCUCCUCCACCAGCUCGCUGACAUCCUCCUCUGUGACCUCCAGGCCCAUGGUCCUCCCCAAGGCAACAGUGUCCUGCACCACUGUUGACUCUGGUGCAUCAGAGUCACUUGGUGCCACACAGUCCGGCCACAGGCUGUGCCAAGCGCAAUUCAAAUUUCUCUGGCUGAUCCCUUUCCAGGCCGUGGUGAUCAUCUUCAAGCAGGUGACAAUGUCGAAGUGGUCCUUCCAGAAUUCCCGCAGGGUGAUGGUGGUGCAAUCAGUCACCUCGAAGCAUCGCCUGAAAAGCUCCUUGGUGUAGAGUUUUGUGAAAUUGGCGAUGACCUGCUGAUCCAUCGGCUGGAGCAGUGGCGUGGUGUUAGGCGGCAGGAACAUGAUGUUGAUGAAGCUGAACUCCUCCAACAAGUUCUCCUCAAGGCCUUUAGGAUGAGCAGGAGCAUUGUCCAUCAGAAGCAAAGCCUUCAGCGGCAGGUCGUUGUCCAGCAGGUACUGUUUGACAGCAGGGCCAAAAGCAAGAUUGACCCAGUCCACAAACAGCACACGUGUGACCCAAGCCUUGCUGUUGGAUCGCCACAUGACACUCAGCUGCUCCUUGUCGACCUUGUGUUUCUUGAAGGCCCGUGGGUUCUCCGAGUGGUACACCAGCAGGGGCUUGAUCUUCAGGUCGCCACUUGCGUUGGCACAGAAGAGCAGGGUCAGACGGUCUUUCAUGGGCUUGUGGCCAGGCAACUUGGCCUCCUCCUGAGUGAUGAAAGUCCUUUUGGGCAUCCUCUUCCAAAACAGCCCGGUCUCGUCGCAGUUGAAGACCUGCUGUGGAACGUAGCCCUCCGUCUUCACAACCUCCAGGAACUCCAAGGCAAAGUCUUCAGCCGCAGGAACAUCAGAACUGGCAGCCUCUCCAUGCCUGACCACGCUGUGGAUUCCAGAUCUCAUCUUGAACCUGUCAAACCAACCUCUGCUUGCCUUGAAGACUUCUGGCUCGCCUGAGGUUCCUGGCUGUUCCCGGAUGAGGUCUGCGUGCAAGGCCUUGGCCUUCUUACAAAUCACGGCCUCAGUCACUGUGUCCCCUGCACACUGCUUCUCUUCUAACCAGAUGAGGAGCAACUUCUCGACCUCCUCCAGAACAGCUGGGCGGUUCUUCACGAUCCUGGUGACUCCCUUGGCUGCAUCAGUCGCAAGGAUCUUCUCCCUCAUCUUCAGGAUGGUGCCGAUGGUCGAUGGGUUCCUGCCGUACUCCCUGGCGAGGUCUGUCACACGCAUUCCACCGUUGUGCUUCUGGAUGAUCUCCUUCUUAAUUUCCAGCGUCACCUUCUCCUUCUUCCUCUCGCCGGCCUCUGCAGCAGCAGUCUUCUUGGGUCCCAUGGCAGCACAGCUCCUAGCUUCGUAAACUCAGAAAAAAGAAAAAAAAUCAGUGAUGCACACCCAAAAAAUUCAAAAGCACCCAGCCACCCAUCACACAGGAAUUCAAACCCAGAACCAAGUCCUUGAAUUCCAAGCCUCCAACCCAAAAUCCAAAACCCCCCAAAAAAGUUUUAAAACUUUAACUUACGAAAUGGCUGCAAAUCACCAAAGUCUUCAAAAUCCUCAAAUGGCUGCAAAAGAAGUUUUGGAAAAGCUUUAAAAAUCACCAAAGUCUUCAAAAACCUCAACUGUUCCCCCAGCCACCCACCCACCACACAGAAAUUGCAAACCCCUCCCCAACUGUUGCAAACCCCUCCCCAACUGCUCCCCCAGCCACCCACCACACAGAAAUUCAAACUCAGAAUUUUUUUUUAAAAAAAAACAGCAUGGCCCAAUGGUCACAGAAAAUCAUAAAAAUUUUUAAAAAACCCACACAAGCUCCCAGAUUUUUGCAAACCCCUCCUCAACUGUCCCCCCAGCCACCCACCACACAGAAAUUCAAACUCAGAAUUUUUUUUUAAAAAAACAACAACAUGGCCCAAUGGUCACAGAAAAUCAUAAAAAUUCAAAAAAACCCACACAAGCUCCCAGAUUCUUGCAAACCCCUCCCCAACUGUUCCCCCAGCCACCCACCACACAGAAAUUCAAACCCAGAAUUUUUCUUAAAAAAAUCAGCAGAGUGCCCCAAUGGUCACAAAAAAUCAUAAAAAUGCAGAAAAAAACCACACAAGCUCCCAGAUUCUUGCAAACCUCUCCCCAACACCAAGUCCUUGAAUUCCAAACACCCCAACCCAAAAUCCAAAACCCCCCAAAAAAGUUUUAAAGGUUUAACUUACCAAACAGCUGCAAAAGAAGUUUUGGAAAAGCUUCAAAAAUCAGCAAAGUCCUCAAAAACCUCAGAAAAGGCUACCACACCGCGUGCAAUGUGUUGCUCCUCGAAGUCAAGUCGCAACUGCACCUCUUCAAGCAAUGCACCCUGGGUAUUAACGGUUUUACGAAAAAGGAAACAAACUCGCAAGACGUUUUCGUCUUGCGAAGCAAGCCCAUAGGGAAAUUCGUCUUGCGAAGCGCAUCGAAAAACGGAAAACCCUUUCGUCUAGCGAGUUUUCCGUCUUGCGAGGCAUUCGUCUUGCGGGGCACCACUGUACGGUAUAUGCUUCCCUGGUGGCAAAAGGACAUAAAGUGUGCCCCCAGCCACGACUCCUUGAGGAAAACAUUCCACAAAUGGGGUUUCCUCAAUCCGACCUACCGCUUUAGAGGCUCUGCUUUCUGGCCAAUCAGCUAGAUUUGAAAAUGCCAAUGCAGCCUUUGCCAAGCUGGUGCCCUUGAGAUGUUUUGGGACUGAUAGGAGUUGUAAAUCAAGGCUGGUGAAGGCUGCACCAGAGACGGGGCCUUAUAAGAGGCGUCCCCCUUAUGUGUGGAACUUCCUCCUGGCCAUCAUAACUGGCUUCUGAGUGUUUCAACUGAAAUGCUUCUAUCUUUAUUUAAAGGUAAAGGUAAAGGGCCCCUGACAGUUAAGUCCAGUCGCAGACGACUCUGGGGUUGCGGCGCUCAUCUCGCUCUAUAGGCCGAGGGAGCUGGCAUUUGUCCGCAGACAGUUUUUCCGGGUCAGGUGGCCAGCAUGACUAAGCUGCUUCUGGCGGUUGGCAUUCAGCAACGUCUGGAGGGCCACAGUUUCCCUAUCCGUGCUUUGUUUAUACUGUACUGGGGUUCACUGAGACAUAAGACAUGCUGUCUGAAGUAGUACAGUCCAAGCCAGACUCAACCUUUGCUUUCUCCCCUGCAGGUGUGAAUCAGUACAGUGGCUGCUUUUAUAAUCUUUAUUCCUCUUACAUUUUCAGCCUUGCCAGUUUGACUAUGCCGUUUUCUGCCCCAAUUUCACCGAAGUGUCCACCGUGGGAAAUGCAGGUUGGUCACAGGGCAGGGUUGGUAAAUCGCAGGUGAAAUAUGGCCACAUGGAGUUGGGCUAGAUCAGUUGUGGGGACCUUUGGCCCCUGCAUUGCAGGGGGUUGGACUAGAUGACCCUUGGGUCCCUUCCAACUCUAUGAUUCUAGAUGUUGAGGUGCAGCUCCUAUCACCCCUGGCCAGGAGCUGAUGGGAGUUGUACUCCAGCGACAUCUGGAGGGCCAAAGGUAGACCUUCUUUGCUCUGAAUUUUGGCUAUAAUUAUAAUCUCUCUCCCACUCCUAUUUAAAUAACUGCAAAUGCCCCUCAUUGGUUUUCAUUAGCUUAAGUGUGCAGGGUUUUAUAGAUUAUAAAUGCUGUAUUGAUUUGGGAAUCAUACAAUAUGACUUUUGCUUUAAUUUACUUAUUUUUUUAGUUGUUGCUUUGUUAACAGUGUUUUAUAGAUUGUAAUUGUUUUGCCGAUGGCUUGUUUAUUAUGGUAUAUGAUUUACGCUGUAUUUGUGAUGUUCUAUUACAUUCUAGCAUGUUGUUAUUAUUUAUUGUUUGUAAGUCACUUUGGGAUUAUAGAAAUAUAAUCAGUCUGUCUAGGAAAUCUAGGAUGGGAAAAGUGACCUGUCUGAGAGAGAAAUGGGUUACCUUGUUUUCUUCAGGCUAAGCAGUGGGUCCUAUCCUUACUGAUCCGCAGGGCAGUGGUGGUGGACCUUUGGCCUGUAGGCCAAAUACUGCCCCUCAGCCCUCUGCAUUUCGCCAGCAAGGCCACACCCAGCUGCCUUAGACAGGCAGUGACAUCCAGGUGUGGGGCAGGUAAAAGAUGGGGCUGCGCUGAAAGGUUUCAGGUGCCACAGAGCAACUUGUGGAGUGCUGUACCUUUGCCCGUGCAGAGUGUGCUGUAGUGGCUAGAAAUGCCAAAGGCUUUGAGACCAGGGUUCGAAACCCUACUCAGCCACGAAGCUCUUUAGGCCAGUUGCUAUCUUUGAGCCUAACUUGCUGGCUGCUAAGAAGAUAAAAUUUAGGUGGGGGACCAUCUGUGCUGCCCGAAACACACACACACACACACACACACACACACACGAGCCUUUAGAGCUGGCCAUUUGUCUGUCUAGCCCAUACUCUGUUUGGCAGCAGCUCUCCAGGGUCUUGGACAGAGACACCAGCUACUUGAACCUUCCAUGCCAGGUUGGCUGAACUUGAGACCUUGUGGCAUGCAGUGCACAUGCUGUGCCACUGAGCUAUGGCCCUUCCCCAUAAAUAAGAGCUCACCUCAGUUUCUGUUGAGGGGUGGGAUCUCCAGGGCCAAUGAAGCCCACCAUGCCUCCUUGUUUGGCCUUUCCAAGGCUAUUUCACCCAAGCCGUGCCCACCUGUCAAAGACCCUCACAUCAUAUGGCGUCCAGUUCAGGAACAGGUGGAGGCGUAGCUCCCUACCGGAAGCAGGCGCUGCUGACCACUGGUGCUUGAAGAGCCCUGUGCAGGUGAAAGGUCACCAGGUCCUAUUGCUAAGUCAGGUGAUUGACAGGCAAGUGGUUUUGCCCACCAGUCAGUGCUGGCCCAUGUAGGGAAGGUGACGUGAGAAUUUAUUUAGUUAUUUAUUGCACCCCACCUUUUUCUCCAAGCAGCCCCAGGUGGCCUCAUGGUUACCCCCUUUCAAUCUGAACAACAGCCCUGUGAGGUAGGUGAGGCUGAGAGGCAGUGACUGCCCCACAAGGUCGCACCCAGUGAACUUCACGGCCUAGUAGGGAUUUGAACCCUGAUCUCUCCCAGGUCCUAGUCCAGUACUCUAACCACUAUACAGUGGUACCUUGGGUUAAGAACUUAAUUCGUUCUGGAGGUCCGUUCUUAACCUGAAACUGUUCUUAACCUGAAGCACCACUUUAGCUAAAGGGGCCUCCCGCUGCCGCCGCACUGUUCUCAUCCUGAAGUUCUUAACCCGAGGUACUAUUUCUGGGUUAGCGGAGUCUGUAACCUGAAGUGUAUGUAACCUGAAGCGUAUGUAACCCGAAGCAUCUGUAACCCAAGGUACUACUGUACUACUUUGGCCAACCGUCCAAGGGAGGCUGCCCCGAAGCCGCGUUCGUGUGGGGCUGGGCGGGUGGGUGGCCCUGGCAUCCCUGUGACUCCACCUCCUCUUCUUCCUAUUUUUUCAAAAUGGUUCUUGUGUUUGGCCUUACAGAUCAGCAGAACUUCAAUGUCACCCUGGAGAAUGUCCUGACCCGUUGCCUGCAGAACCAGAGCCACUGGAACCGCCUGAUGGAGGCGAAAGAGGGCACGGACCCCUGGCUGUCUGCCUCGCCAGAAGUGGAAGGGGUGGCUGGGUGGCUGAAGCAGGCCCCCCUGCACGGCCCCCAGCUCUUCUUCCCACCCUCGGCACGCCCACUCAACGCCAACUCCUUGGUCUUCCCUUGCAUUUCCAAGGCCUUGCAGUGGAUCACCCAAGGCAGGGACCCUCACUUCCAGCCUCCAGCUUCCCGGGGGCUCCACCCUCACCCCGCAGCCAGCAGCGGAGCUGUCUUGCUCAAGGAAGCGGCCACGAUCCAGGUCCUGGUGACGGGGAGCUUGCACCUGGUGGGCGGUGUCUUAAAGCUGCUCAACCCAUCUCUUUCGGAGUAG